ACAUUGGUCAGUAUAAGAGCAGACCUGUGUCAGUCUUGGGGUAUUUUGGCUCAGGUUCUUCUGGUUUCCUGACCUCAAAGCGCUAAGGCAUGCUGCUGUUUGUGAUACUUGCAGGCUUUCUGAGCUUUGCUGUGCUCUUCUCUUCACAGUCUUGCCUAAAGUCACAGGAAGAGAGUCGGAUUAACACCACAAUGCAUACGGAAUCUGUCACCCUCUCUCUGCCAUCCAUGCCCACCACUGGAUUCUCAGAGCUCUCAUGGAAGAGGGCAGAAAUGGUGUUCAAGAUGAGGAAUUUGAGUACUCCAAUAAAGAGAGACACAAUCACUUAUUUUCCAAAUGGAACCUUACUGCUGAGACAGCCCCAUAUAAGAGACAGUGGAGAUUUUGAGCUAGAGGUGUACAAUCGCACUGGUCACUGCAUUUUCCGGGGCACUGUUAUUCUGCAUGUGCAAGAUGAGACCAGCUCUGGAGGGUUUUCUCCCACUGCUGUGAACAAUGGUAGCAAGGAGAACAGCAUCAUACCUAAUUCUCAGGGCAACACCUUAGUGACCCUAUUCUUGCUUUCGGCUUGUGGGACUCUCCUCUGUGUUGUCAUCUUCUUUCUGGUCAUUCUGAAUAUUGUCAAACACAUCCAAAAUGCAGGCAAAAAGAAUAGUCAACGAGGAGGAAGCUGUAUUUUUUUCAGUUCCAAAUCCAAGAGAGAGGAGGAGUAUGUAGAUAUGGGGCUGGAUCCCUUUUCAGUAGGAAUGCGACAAAAAGGACGUUGUUUCACGGAGCCAAAAGAAGUGACCCAGAAUGCAGAGCAAGUGACUGCAGAUGGAGCUGCUGAGGGAGUUUAUGUUCCCAUGACUUAUAUGCUGAUUAAAGAACAGCCAGAAAUAACCCUUUAUGAGAAUCAGACCUCUAGCCAAGGCACUCCUGCAUCAUCUAGUGCGGAGCCCAGACAAGAUGUUUAUGCUCAGGUCAGCAAGGAAAAGGGCUCAGCAGGAAGAGGUUUUUCUCCGUCAUUUUACAGCACUGCCAGUGAUUACUGGCUGUCCCCCAUGAGUCUUCAUGAGCCAUAGAAGCUACAAAGUCUUCCUGGUUGCAGCCUUUAACCCAAAGCAUGAUUACAGUCACCUGUUGAACAUCAUCUGUUUCAAAUCACAUCAUUAUCUUCUUUGUAAAGCCCUUUUUGGCCCUAAAUUGCCUCACGCCGACUGUCUUGUCUUGGAACGUGUUAAGUCACAGGAAGAAUUCUCAACAGCAAGAAUGGAUGUAUAUUUACAAGAAGAGUGAAGCUGACCAGACAAACAUUAAAUAUUUUGUCUUUAUACUGUUUUUGGUGGAUUAAGUCCAAGUGAACUUAAGGUCACUGCUUUCUGUUAUUUGCAUUUUCCAUGCUGUUGCAAUUUUUUUCUGAGUAGGGGUUGUAGAAUAACCGACAUGGGACUCAGCGUACAAUGACUCAGACUUGGUUUUCUCUCUUUUUUUGUUGUACUGCUACACUUUUAUCAACCACAAGAAGCUGUGCACUGUUCACUUUGAAUGGCUGUAGUUUCCCCCUCUACUAAAUAAGCAUUUGUGGAGAGAGCUUUAUAUGACUUUUGAAGUCUCUCACCUGACAAUGCAGUAUGUAGUUACUAGGGAUGUAACGAUACACUCAACUUACGAUUCGAUACAAUUCACGAUUCUGAGUUCACGGUACGAUUUUCUCACGAUUUUUUUUAGCAGAAUGAGCUGCAGACAAAUUUAUUCAAAAAUAUUCCUUUAUUUAUCUUUCUAAACUGUGCAAAACAUGUUUAGAAAAAACUGCUUAACAAUGCAACUGAAAUUGAAUAUAAUACUGUUUUUAAAAAAUCCCAAAUCAAAAUAAGUAAAUAAAAAAAAAUCUUCAAAUAAAUAAACUAAGGCUUGCAUGUGCA